AUGUCACACUUUCACAUUUCUACCCAUGUACUCUCCGCAUCUCACCUGCGAGAGUUUCCCCGGGGCACCGUUUCUGCUAUUAACCCCCCGCAACUGAAGCUCGUUGUGAACCAGUAUACUCCAAGAUCGAGUGCUGGAACACCAGCACAGUCUGGGAAUGUUACCAUUAUAUUUUGCCAUGCUAAUGGAGUUCACAAGGAGCUUUAUGAGCCAUUCUUCGAUCAUCUGCUAGUAGAGUAUGAAAAGUCCGGAUUGAGGAUAGCUUCGAUUUGGGCCCCUGAUGCUGCUCACCAGGGCGCUUCGGGAGUUCUUAACGAGGAGGUGCUUGGAGAUGACCCUUGCUGGAACGACGUCUGCAGAGAUGUACUGCAUAUGGUCAACCAACGACCUCGGGAUUUCCCUCCCCCGAUAAUCGGAAUAGGGCACAGCUUUGGCGGUCAGGCUAUCGCUCGUAUCUCCUUCAUCCAUCCCUCCCUUUUCACUUCAAUCCUCCUCCUAGACCCAAUCAUAGAAGAGAACGCCAAACCCCCAAACCCACAUCCCUCCGUCCUGUCCGCAAAACGGCAAGAUGUCUGGCCAUCCAUGGCCGAAGCAGAGAAAUACGUCCGUUCCCGAACAUUCUACAAAACCUGGGACCCCCGAGUGUUAGAAAUCUACCUCGCAAUCGGCUUCCGCCCCCUCCCCACACCAAUAUACCCCGAUAAAGCCGGGGUAACGCUCACCACAACAAAGCACCAAGAAGUCUACACCUUUAUCCGCCACGACAAGUCUUUCCAAAAUAGCGCCCAGCUAGGAAGAGAGGAGCCCGAUGCAACAUCACGAUUAAUGUCGCUCGUGACGCCACCACUAAUGUACCUUGUUGGGGAAAAUUCGCCCACCUGGACACCGGACCGGGUGAAGCGCAUGCAAUUGGCGCCUGGGGCGACACUAGAGAUUGUAGAGAAGGGGUAUCACUUGUUUCCGCUGGAGCUACCGGCUAAGUCAGGUGAGUUUUUGUUCACUCGCCGUGGGGUUACCGGGAGUUGGAGAAGAGAAGAGAGUGGGAGUUAA